UUUGUAGCCCGGCCACGGCGCUGUCGUCUAACUCGCAGAUAAACAUAGCCUGAAAACUGCAAAUCCGUGAGAUAAUAAAUUGUUGACAAAAUUCGCAAGUGACAAACUUAUUGAAAAAUGAGAUGUGUGGUACCGAAUUGUAAAAGCGGCAGCAGAACCGAGCAGAAACGUUCUCUAUUUCGAGUGCCGAAAGAUAUUGUUACGUGGAAGAAGUGGGAAAAAGCUAUUCCGGAUACUGUAAAGUUGAAUCAAACAGAUACUGUGUGUGAAAACCAUUUUAACGAGGAAGACAUUGUUCGUGAAUGGAUAAAGUUCGACGCAAAUGGUCAAGAAAUUGCACGGGUCGCAUACAAGCGUCAGAGGCUCAAGCAGUUCGCUGUGCCCACAAAAUUCAAUGACGUUUCAACAGGAAAGGAAAAUUGUGAGCCACUGGAUGAAAAUACGAAGCGAAUUUCGAAUUCUCAAAUAAAUUCUCCAGGCAUUGUCCAAUCCUCAGUUGGUGUCAUGAAACCUUCAAUUCAAGAAAACAGUAUAGUCGAAGCAGUCAUCAGUUAUUUAUGCAAGCAAGUCCUUAAAAAAUAUAAAUCCUGCUCAGUGUGUGAAGAAGCCGUGAGAUUGAAAACCAGCUGCGGAUCUUCGGAGUCACAACUGGUUGAAAUGAAAUCACGCGGUGGUCUUAUUCACGCUAAUCUCCAUUUCUUUCACUUAAUCCGCUAUAUAGAAGCAUCGUUUGCAAAAUAUUCCUCUCGUGUUGACGUCUUCGAUGUAAUUCUCGAUAAAGUACUUGAUUCUUAUACCUUCACGUUUCCCUGUAAAGAACAUGCAUCUGAAAUCCUGUCUUAUGCUAUAGUUUAUUAUUUAAGAUUAAGAAUGAGGCAAACUGCUCACCAGGAAAAUUUAAAAUUAAAAAAGAAAUUUGUUGUAAAGAAAAAAUUGUCCAAACUAACUAAUGAAUAA